GCCAACUAGGCAGGCCCAGUCACGCCUCCGGGGCUUUCCUUGCCCCUUCCGCUCCCCAAGAAAAAUCCCAUAAAUUCGAACGCUACGCAACUCCCUAGCGUCUUCAAGGUCCAAGGUGUCGUUGACAGACAGCGCGCUCGCUCCCUCCCUUCCUCCCUCCUUCCCUCCUCUCUCUCUCUUUUCCACAUCACCCUUCCGUUUCUCGUCUCUACAGAUCAUGACUCGGACCUCGAAUCCUAGCAGCAACAACACGCUCAAGUUCCUCUACAGCUACGGCGGAAAAAUCCUCCCUCGUCGUACAGACGGCAAGCUGCGCUACGUCGGUGGCCACACCAGAGUUCUCGCCGUGGAUCGUUCCAUCUCCUUCGCAGAGCUGAUGGUGAGAUUCGGAGAGUUGUGUGGAUCGUCCAUGAGUUUGAAGUGUAAGUUGCCGAGUGAAGAUCUAGACUUGUUGGUUUCGGUCACCUGUGAUGAGGAUCUCGCUAAUGUCAUCGAUGAGUACGAUCGAUACGCGUUGUCUACACGGAAGGAGGAUCUGAAAGUCAGAGCUGUGCUCUUGCCGCUUAAAUCUCUUAAAAACAUUUCUCCUCCUACGUCAACUGGUUCCAGUGUCGAUUUCUCUGCCACCGCAUCUCCACCACUUGCUCCAGCGACGCCAUGUCAACGCGGUGCUCGAAAUUACUCGCCGGCCGUUGUAUUUCCGGGUGAUAUCCUGAAAGAAGCGGGCAAAUUCCGUUGCUGUCCUCGCUGUGAGCAUGGAAGCCCUAGGGAUCUGCACCUUGUCUGUCACUGGAAUCGCUGCCAGUAACUCCAAGCCCCCAUGGUCUAUAUAUAAAAGACUGAUAUAGAAAUAUAUACAAUCGUGAACACCGAAAUAUCAGGAAAGAGAAGAAAAAAUAACACUCACACAAAAAAAAGAAACUUGGUAAUCCCGGAGUUGUUUGAGCGAGUUGAACUGUAAAUUCUAGUUUGAGGACAAAUUUUUAUUCAACUUUUGCGGCGAUGAUGCCAUUGCUUUCAAAGCCUUCGUUUGUUCUUUCCAUUUUCUUGUCGAAUAAAGGACCAUUCGCAUCCCGUGCCACUCCAUUGCCGUCCUCGUUUUAGUCUUAACCUUUUCGCAUUAGGGUUCCGUCAACCACCGUUAUAACGACGUUUAGAAUUCUGACUCGUUUUCCGCUUGCUGGGCUUGGGUUCCGUGUCAGAUUAAGGUGAGGAAAUGUUGGAACCGGUCGUUGAAUGCAAUGCAUCAGGGAUUGGGAAAGCCUAAUGGGAUCUCUCCUUUCUUAGUUCGGACAAAUGCCCAAUUUUAUUGGAACGUGUUGGAUUGUACUCUGCUCUCCUGCAUCCCCGAAACAACAACAAUAACUUUAUGCAGAUAAUCAAAUUUAAUGAAUCAUAGUUAACCAAUAA